AUGGAUGACAAGAACCCGCAAAAGCUAGCUAAAAAUACAUCCCCACCAAAGGAGCUGAGUGAUGAUAGCAUUCAGGAGCUGUUUGCACUUAUGGGCAAGUAUUCUUCUAGCGAAAAGUUCAAGAAGCUGAAGAGACUCGACCAAGAUAAUGAGGAACUAAGACAAGAAGUUAUUGAUCUUCGCACCACGAACGACAAGAACUUGGACGAUUUUAUAAGGCGACGGGAUAAAUGGAAGACUGAGAAGGAGGGCCUGACGGCUCAGCUAAAGGAAAAAGAGGACCAACAAAAUCAAGAGCUCCUGAGCAGAAAAGCAGCUGAAAAAGCGCUGGAAACCGAGCGUACUGCUAAGAAGACAUUGUGUGAGCAGGUGAAAGAACAGGAGGCGGCGAUUCUACGACUAGUCGACAAAGCAAAGACAAACGAAGCAGAAAUCACUCGACUUGGCACCGUAAGCAAAGAGCAAAACGACGCUCUUGAGCGGGCGGGAAAGGCUAAGAUAAGGCUCCAAGGAGAAGUCCAGACAAUACAUAAUCAGCUUGAGGCCAGGACCAAAGAGCUGUCAGACGCAAUGGAGUCUCUCACAAGAUUCCAAGCCUUCCUGGUCCUUUUAAGUCCUCUGGAGGAGAAGAAAUCCCAAAUGUUUGUGUUAUAA